AUGGAAGGCAAUGAUAUGUCCACUGAUGAAAUUUUGCCCGCGUUGUCUGCAAUUAAAUCAAUUUUUGAUGAUUUCGGACUUACUGAUUUGGAUGAUAGUGUAUACAUUCACGUAAUGGAUAUCAUCUCAACCUACACUGGUGAAGUACUUAGUGAUGCAAAGUCGAUUGCACUAGCAUCAAAUCAUUCCCAGGUAACUGAUGAUGAUAUCGCGUUGUCAAUCGAAGAUAAAAUGGACCAACUGGUCUUUGCUCCACUUCAUUCGGAUCUACUUCUUGAGUAUGCUGAGAAAAUCAAUUCCCAACCACUUCCUCCAAUUAAGUCAGGCUCUAAUUUAAGGUUAGCUCCUGACAAGUUCACAACUACUGCUCCAAAUUAUGCAAUUGCUACAGAUUCCGCCACUAAGGUGUUAAAUCAUCCUCUACCAGUAAAUAUGCCAUCAAGAAUAGUUGUUCCCAACACUAAUACUGCUUCCCCUCAGAGUAAUCUCUCCCUUUAUCGCGUUUCCAAUUCUGGUGUUGUUCCACGACCAACUCUUAUUUCCGGGCCUACUUCAGUCUCAUCCAAUCCGGCCGGGACUUUGGGGGAUUUGUCCAGUUCUGGUAUCCAUGUUAUUGGAGCUACACAAAGUGCAUCAUCCUCGCUCAUUCGAGUACAUUCCUCAAAUUUUGUUCAACCAGCACAAUCUCAAAUGCCUGGUGGACUUCAAAAUUCUGCUACUACUGCGUCGAGUUUACUACGGAAGCUUGGAGAUGAAUAG